AUGUCUGACAUUCGCGCAUUGCUCAAAGCUAAAAGAGAAGGGGCUCGCGUCAGCCACCCACUGGCGUCAUACACCUCCAGUGGACACUUGCGAUGCAUAGCUUGCGAAACCAUUGUCAAGCACGCAUCGUCAUGGGAGGGGCACGUUGGUAGCAAAGCACACCGUGUGAAUGCAGCACGGUUGCGAGAAGAGGAGCAGAAGCGAGCAGUGCACACGCAGCGGGAGCGGGAGGAAGUGGUUGCGCAUGCUAAGCGGAAGGCCAAAGAACAGGAGGAAGAGGGAGAGAGAAAGGAGGAUCGCGCACUUGCGGAGAAUAAAAAGAGACGGCUGUAUGAGGAGCACACGCAGCAUCCGCUUCCAACGAGAGAGUCGAGUGGGUUCCCUGCUGACUUCUUCUCGGACGCAUCGAAGGCUCCACCUCCGCCUUCAUACGACAGGGAAGACAGUGAAGGAGAGGUUAUUGCUGCACCUUCAGCAGCAUCAGCGGGGUCGAACGCUGUUGAUCUCGAAUGGGAAGCGUUCCAGCAGGAUGUGCUGAAC